AUGGAUAGAAUACUGGUGGGCAGUAGUGAAACACCAAUGUGGCUGUUCACUUUAUUUGUCACUAGCUGGCUCGCCGCGGGUGUGAGACUGCGGAAUGAGGCUGGGUCAAAGUUGGGUCAGUGGCGUGGCGACGGCGUGACAUGGCGUGGGGUGAAGCGUGACCCACUCCCCAAGUGGACCCACUCCCCACGUGGACACACUCCCCACGUGUGCACAGCAACCUCGCUUCCUACCGGCGCCCGCGUGGGCGGUGGCUCCGAGGCUCCGUCGGAGCACAAAGGCGUCGGCCAAACUAGCGACAAGCAGACAUUCCUGGCAGUCGUUCUGUCGGUUUGCGUCAGUGAGGCCUCCUGCAGGCAGCUUCCCAACGCAACCGCAAGGGAGAACCGAGCUUCACAGUGCGGUGUGGCCAACCCCACGCGCAUCGUGGGCGGGAUGGAGGGGAGCCCCGCCCACAAGUACCCGUGGCAAGUAGGCCUUGGGAAGCAAGGCUACUACGGCUACAGCUGCGGUGGAGCCAUAAUCAACAACCUCUACGUUCUGACGGCCGCCCACUGCUUUUUCGACAAGGAAGGAAACCGCCUCUCGGACGAGGGCCUUGUGGUCGGCGUUGGCGACCAUAUCAUGACCUCGUCAAACGAUGACGUGGCAGGAGUAACCAAGGAAGUCCCGGUGGCCAAGGUCAUCCUUCACGAGAGCUAUAACCCAAAAGCGUAUGACUACGACAUUGCGCUGCUGCGGCUGGGCCAGACGCUCGACCUGGCCAGCCACAGCCAGGUUCGGGCCGUGUGCCUGCCCGACGACGACUCCAAGACUUACGUAGGCGAGAACGCCAUCGCCUCAGGCUGGGGUGCCCUGGGUUUUGGUGACUCCCAGCCAGACGCGCUGAGGGAGGUCAUGCUGCCCAUCCUGUCGACAUGCUUGGACAAUACAGGGAUAACCGAAAGGAUGCUGUGCGCAGGAUAUGAGGAGGGCGGGAAGGACACCUGCCAGGGAGACUCCGGAGGACCUCUGUGUGUGAAGGAGGGCAGCAAGUUUGUCCAAGUAGGAGUGGUGUCCUUCGGCGACGGCUGCGCUCAGGCUAGGAAACCAGGAGUCUAUGCCCGAGUGACCAAGUUCUUGACGUGGAUCAAAGAAAAGACAUCGGACGCCACCUACUGCUGA